AUGAAGAUCCUUUUCUUACUGGGUCUUGUGGCUCUUUAUGCCACACAAAUUACCUGCGAUGAGAGCAGGAAGGAAACUUAUGGAACUAUUAUCGGUAUUGAUCUGGGAACCACCUAUUCCUGUGUUGGAGUAUUCAAGAACGGACGUGUUGAAAUAAUUGCCAAUGACCAAGGUAAUCGUAUCACUCCUUCUUACGUUGCCUUCACUGGUGAAAACGGAGAACGUCUUAUUGGAGAUGCUGCUAAAAACCAGCUUACCAUUAAUCCUGAAAAUACUGUUUUCGAUGCCAAACGUCUCAUCGGCAGAGAUUUCACUGAUAAGACUGUUCAAGAUGACAUCAAGCUCUGGCCCUUCAAAGUUCUAGACAAGGGUAACAAACCCCAUGUUGAAUUAAAAGUCGGAAAGCAAGACAAAACUUUCACUCCCGAAGAAAUUUCUGCUAUGGUCCUUGUCAAAAUGAAAGAAAUAGCUGAGUCAUAUCUAGGAAAAGAGAUCAAGAAUGCUGUUGUCACUGUACCUGCUUAUUUCAAUGAUGCUCAGCGACAAGCUACUAAAGAUGCUGGAACUAUUGCUGGUCUUAAUGUUGUUCGCAUUAUUAACGAACCAACUGCUGCAGCCAUAGCGUACGGAUUGGACAAGAAAGAAGGCGAACGUAAUAUCUUAGUUUUCGAUCUUGGUGGUGGUACAUUUGACGUUUCUAUGCUCACAAUCGACAACGGGGUUUUCGAAGUAUUGGCUACUAAUGGAGAUACUCAUCUUGGAGGAGAAGAUUUCGAUCAACGUGUUAUGGAAUAUUUCAUAAAAUUGUAUAAGAAGAAGACUAAUAAGGAUAUUCGUAAGGACAACAGAGCAGUUCAGAAAUUACGUCGUGAGGUUGAGAAGGCCAAAAGAGUUCUGUCCACCCAACACCAAGUUAAAGUAGAAGUUGAAUCUCUUUUCGAUGGAGAGGAUUUCUCUGAGACACUCACCAGAGCCAAAUUUGAAGAAUUGAACAUGGAUCUUUUCCGUGCCACUCUCAAGCCUGUACAGAAGGUUCUUGAAGAUUCGGAGUUGAAAAAAGAUGAAGUUCACGAGAUUGUUCUUGUCGGUGGUUCAACCAGAAUUCCCAAGAUCCAACAGCUAAUCAAAGACUUCUUCAAUGGCAAAGAACCAUCCCGUGGAAUCAAUCCUGAUGAAGCUGUCGCUUACGGAGCUGCUGUUCAAGCUGGAGUUAUCUCUGGAGAGGAUGAUACUGGAGACAUUGUUCUUCUUGAUGUCAAUCCUCUCACCAUGGGUAUUGAAACCGUUGGGGGAGUCAUGACGAAGGUGAUUACCCGUAAUACCGUCAUCCCAACCAAAAAGUCUCAAGUCUUCUCUACCGCUGCUGAUAACCAACAGUCGGUUACGAUCCAGGUUUUCGAAGGAGAACGACCAAUGACUAAAGAUAAUCAUCAAUUAGGAAAGUUCGACCUUAGCGAUAUUCCUCCAGCUCCUCGAGGAGUACCUCAAAUCGAAGUUACAUUCGAAAUCGAUGUUAACGGAAUUCUUCAUGUUACUGCUGAAGAUAAGGGCACUGGAAACAGAAACAAAAUUACUAUCACAAACGACCAAAACAGACUCAGUCCUGAAGAUAUUGAGCGAAUGAUCAACGAUGCUGAGAAGUACGCCGACGAUGACAAAAAAGUCAAAGAACAGAUUGAAGCUCGUAAUGAGUUAGAAUCCUACGCAUAUUCUUUGAAAAAUCAAAUUGAUGAUAAGGAGAAACUUGGUGGAAAGCUCGAAGAUGAUGACAAGAAAACAAUCGAAGAUGCAGUCGAUGAGGCCAUCAAGUGGCUUGAAACCAAUCUGGAUGCUUCUGUAGAUGAUCUUAAAGAACAGAAGAAAGAGCUUGAAGGAAAAGUUCAUCCUAUUAUCAGCAAACUUUACGCGGAUGGAGUUCCUCCUACUGAGGAGACAGACGAAAAAGACGAGCUCUAA